CUUACCAACACUUUAUCUGCAAGAAGCGAGGCAUAAACAAAAAGUCAGAAUCUCGAAAUUCAUCUCAAUUGAAUUUAAUUAAUUAACCAUGGACUGCGAUGAAUCCGAUAUGGUAUACUGUCCGUACAACAAGGCGCACAAAAUGCUGCGCAAGAAACUGCAGCAGCACAUCAUAAAGUGUCGUGAGCUCUACAAGGACACGGUAAAUCUAAUGGUCUGCCCUUUCAAUAAGGCGCAUUUGAUCCCAGAACCAGAAUACUAUCCACACCUUAAAAUCUGCGACGAUCGCAAGAUUAUAGUCCAGUAUCAGACCAGUGCAGCUGCCGUUUUGAGCGAAGACACCAAGCAUGCCAAAAUCGAGUGCGACGAGAACUGGGACGAUGACGACACACCCGAUUACAAUCCUAUGGCCUAUUGCGCCACCGCCAACAUUGUGAGGGAGCCCACUGGAAUGUUCCCAGCGCAGCGAAAGGCAUUCAUUAAGGAGGAGAACAAACGCCAGUUAGGCGCAGACUACGAGGAGGAGCCGAGACCGGCGAAGGGCAAGAACCGCGAGGAGAAUCGUCACGCUCCCUACAAUUCCAACAAGCAGCGUUCAGGGCGCCGUUACUGAGAAUAAGAACAUUUGAUCUUACAAAUACCAAAGCCCUUUAUGUGCCUUCUCAUAGCUCAUAGAUACUUAUGUAUAAAAAAAAACCAUCAACAUGUGUCCAAAUAUAAACUCAUCUUAAUAUAA